ACCAUCAUUCACGUUCCGCUCGUUGAGCUGGUUUUUCCCUUGCAACCAGCACGAGGCGGGCACACGAGUCGUGACGCAGCGCGCGUGGGGACUGUUCUCGGGUGCGGGCGCUCUGUGGGUAUUGUUACUGGGUUGCACAGUGGCGUGAGGCAGAGAGCGAGACGUACUUGUUGGUAGUUGCAGAGUUACUUGAUGGCGUCGCCUCUUGGGGAGCAGGGGUGCUGCACUCCUUCGCAUUGUGACGGAGUUGUGGCCCCCGAAUUGCUGUUAGAAGAGGAGGAACAGGGAGCCACAGCUAUGGCUGGGGAGCGGGACACGUUGUCGCCCAUGCAAGGCUCACCAGCGAAUACUUCAGCAUGGGGUGACUUUCUUCACCGCGGGCCCCAGAAGCCGGGUCCCCCGGGGCUACCUCCCCCUCCGGACACGCAACGCUUUUGCUGUGGCCGUCGUACUCGGGUGAUGGGGCUGUAUUGUCAUACCUGUGCAGUACCUGUCUGCAGCGAAUGCACAUUGGACAAGCACACUGGACAUAGUUUUGGGCACUUACAAGAUGCUGUUGAAGACUCCAAGGUAGUCGCCCUGCAGUUACUUGCCAAGGCUUUUGAAGGACACCAAGCAAUCAAGAAGAAUAUAGCCGAGGUGCUGACUGUCGCAGAAAACAUUGAACUUAAGGUGCAUCUCACUCACAGUAAAGUCCGAGCACUAAUAGCAGCGCAUAAAAAAGCGCUGGAAGAGCGGGAAAUCGAGCUACUGAGCAAGGUUGAGAAGAUCCGGCAGGUGAAAACAAAGAGCUUGCAGUUUCAAGUUAGUGCCUUGAUAGAGAAUCUAGCCAAACUGGAGACUGCCAUUCAGUGUGUCAACAAGGUUAGGAUAGAUGGGCAGACAUUACCUGCGGUCAAGAAACGUUUGUUGGCCCAGCUUCAUCAAGAGAUAGUUAAACUCUGCAGACAUUCGCAACCUCAUGAAGAUGAUACCGUUUUUUUGAUGCCUCAGGACACCUUGCUUAGCAAAGCCAUCCAGUCACUAGGUGGUGUUAGCAGUAGUGCAUAUGGGCCACUGUCCACUACAACAUGGGAUGCCCUGAAGUGGGCAGUAUGUGGCAGAGUAAUGACUUUCACUGUCAUUGCUAGAGACCAUUCUGGAGAUCUGUGUUCUGCUGGUGGGGACAUUGUCACUGCUAUUGUCAAGUCACGUCAAGGAUGUUUUCUCAUGGCUAAUGUCCGUGAUCACCAUAAUGGAACGUACACAGUGGCAUUCUGUCCACAACAAGAGGAGGAUCACACCAUUUCAGUUAUGAUAAACAACCAGCACAUUCAGCAGAGCCCAUUUCAGAUUACAGUGCGAUCCAGACGCAGUUAUUCCAACAUUGGAAUUCCUGUUAAUAUGUUUGGAGAGAGAGGUGAUGCAGAUGGACAGCUUUGUAGACCUUGGGGAGUUUGUGUCACCAAAGAUGGUUUCAUUAUUGUAGCAGACCGAAGUAACAAUCGCAUUCAAGUUUUUACACCAGGUGGGGUAUUUCUUUAUAAGUUUGGAUCUCAAGGGUCCCUACCUGGUAAGUUUGAUUGUCCUUCAGGAGUGACCUGUGAUAAAAACAACAAAAUUAUAGUGGCUGAUAAAGGUAACCAUCGCAUUCAAAUUUUCUCAUUUGAUGGCAUUUUUCUCCUAAAAUUUGGAGGAAAGGGUAAUAAAACUGGGCGGUUCAACUGUCCGUGGGAUGUUGCAGUGAGUUCUGAAAAUAAGAUUGCUGUCUCAGAUACCCAUAAUCAUAGGGUCCAGCUCUUCAGUUAUGAUGGGCAGUUUCUAAGCAGCUAUGGAUUUGAAGGUGCACCUCAGAUGCACAUGGCCUCUCCCCGAGGUGUGACCUUUGACCGUGAAGAUCGCCUAAUAGUUGCAGACUUCAACAAUCAUCAUUUGGUGGUAUUUCAUGGUGAUUUUAACUCCCCCCAGUUCUUGGGUUCUGAUAGUGUGCUUGAUAAACAUUUUCUGUGUCCACAAGGGGUAGCAGUGGACCAGGAAGGGAGAAUCAUUGUGGCAAAUUCCCAUAGUCAUCACAUCCAGAUUUUUGAACCUAGUGGACACUUUUUGUGUAAGUUUGGGAGUUUUGGUUCAGGUGUUGGUCAAAUGGAUCGCCCUUCAGGGUUGGCUGUCACACCAGAUGGGCUGAUCGUGGUCAUAGAUUUUGGAAACCACCGUGUCCUGUUAUUUUAAGCUGCUUGUUUUCAAAAGGAAGACAUUUGUAUUAUUAUUAUUAUUAUUAUUAUUAUUAUUAUUAUUAUUCAUUUAUUUAUUAUUUGUGUGUUUGUGUUUUGUUUUUGAAAAGUCCAAAAAGUUCUGGUUUGUCUACCUCAUUUUUAUAAACUCUUAACAUUUCCAGAAGUAUUCAGGCCUGCCUCACUGCUCACUGUCCUUUGCAAAAAUUCUUUGAAUGUUGUGUUCACGUGCAUAUCUGUUAGGUUACUACUGUUUGGUGAAUUUGUCCUUUCACUACUCAACUUGAUAUUCUUUGACCUUCUGCUUAUUCAUGGCUGCUAAAAGUUAGAGUGCGAUCUUUAUUCCCUAAACAAUUGAAGAUUCUCCUGUCUGAUGGUUGUUAAUUCAUACAGAUGCUCUCUUUGUUGUUUCAGUGCCUCAUUAUUGAAGCUGGUUAACAAAUCAAGCCAACUGUAAUUGGCUUGCACAGUGUGUGUGUGUGUGUGUGUGUGUGUGUGUGUGUGUGUGUGUGUGUUUGUGUGUGUGUGUGUGUGUUAUCCUAGUCUUAAGUUCCAUGAAAUUUAUUUUUAACUUGCUUGGAAUGUUGGCAUUAUAGUAACUAAACAUUUUGACUUGCAUUCAUUGUUAGUCACAAAUAAGCUUACUCAGCAGAAGUAGCAGGUUUCGUUGUGAUAGUGGCCAUUUGUGGAAAGUUAUAUCUGCUUAAUAAUGAAUCCAUAUUGAGAGGGUGUGACUUUUGGAUUUUUUCCAUUUUGUGGUGUAUGUACAUUUUAUCAGUGCCCCUCUGAUAGUACUUAUGACAUACCGACUGUAGAGUUUUAUCCUGUGUUUUCAGUUGCAGACAUUUUUAAAUAUAGUUUGUUGGGUUUAAAAUGCACAGCUUCUGUUUAUGGAUCUGUUUAAAACACUGGCUAAGCAGAAUUAUGUUUGUUCUGGCAGACAUUGUUUAUAGCACAUUUGUUGUGGGGGGGGGGGGGUAUUGCAGCACGGUCAGUGAUAUUUUACUUGUACUUCGUGCUGUACUCCAGGUUGGCUGAUGGGGCAUUCUUCUGUUGUUUUAAUUUCUUGUUGAAUUGUAAAGUCCUGUUUUUGCACUGAAGAAUUUAUCGCCUUUUACAGCGUAUUGAUGCAUCAGCAAACUGAUAUCUGAGCAGGCAUUUACAAUCCAUACCCCUGAUGAAGCAGGCAUUUACAGUCCAUACCCCUGAUGAAGCAGGCAUUUAAAAUCCACACCCCUGACGGAGCAGGCAUUUAAAAUCCAUACCCCUGACUGAGUUGGCAUUUAAAAUCCAUACUCCUGAUGAGAUAAUUGCUCACAAGGACUGUUUUUUGUCUCUGGGAUGAGGGCUCACUUAGCUCUUGAAGAGGUUAUUACUUAAUAUUUUAUUUCAGAAGUUAAGAAAGAGGAAGUUGGCUUCCCCUAGUGGGUGUUUAUCUGUGCCACAUUGAUUUUGCACAUUGCUGCCUUCUCAAAAAAAUGAAAAUUAGUUUAGUCAGGCUAUUUGUCCUUAAUUUAAAUGUAACGUCUGUGUGCUUUCUUGAGUCCUGUUGUGGGGGUAUAGCAUACUGUUUCAGUCCUUUCACUGGGGCACCACUUCAUUUUUUUAUGUCCUGCUGAAAGUUCAAGGCAAAGGUGAUAGUUAAUGAUUUAAGUGAUGUUUAGAUGUGUCCUGUAAACCCAAGUAGAGUGCAAAUUCACACCUCUUUGCACAGUUAAAGAAUGCUGCAGCCAUAGGGGCUGUGUUGUCAGCUGUAUGAAUGAUUUGUACAUAGCCAUUUCGCUCAUUCUUGUUGGGUAGGGGGCAUCUGUUGAAAAAUAUUGAAGUGCCAGCAGCGAUGUGUCAAUGUCCUCUUGUUUCAAACACAGAGAAGGUACUGCAUAAGCGAGGAACUUGAAGCAGCAGAGAGAAUCUGCAUGUUAGCAGGUCCCAUGGUCGCCUUCAGACUAACUUAGUAUUAUACCAUUUAUACAGGUCUGACACAUUUAAAAAAAAUCAAAGAUUGAUUGUUGGUUCUUUCUGUGUCCUCCUGAUGGUACAUAGCUGUUAUGAUUACACACACGCUAAGAAGCAGCUCAGUUUAUUUAUAGCUAGCAAGGAGAUGUUCAUUAAAAUUGUCCCCUGACCUUCACACUUCUCAGUUUAAAGAUCCAUCCAUUCCUUUUUACAGAGAAAAAGGAGGUGUGGAAUGUGCAUGCAGUGUGGCAUUAGGAGGUUUAUUGGAUGCUGCUACCCACCCUAGCCCCACAGUGGCAGAAAAGCAUUGCACAGUGCCCCCCCCCCUUCUGGUUUUCACUGCAGCUGCAAUCUUCUCACUAGCAUCUCCUGCCUAGAGUGCUCCGCAGUUCUUGGAAAGUUUGCAUCCCCCCUUCCCAAAUGUAGCAGGUGCCAUUUUUGGCCUUCCCCAAGUAACACGGUUGCAGUCCUGUGCCAGUCAACACAUUGCCCCAGAGUAGGUGAGCAAGCAGUGGGCAUUCAUUCCCCAUAUACCCCAGCUGGUCUGUCCACUGCCCAGGCCACAAGGAGGCAUAUUCAAGGCCAAAUCUAUGCAGGACCCAGCAUUUCUUUGGUUUAACUUCCUAGGUGGUUAAUGGAACCGUACUCAGUAAAACUGACUAGUAACAGUAUCCAGCCGUCUUUGUUAGAUGAGGCAUGGCCACUUGGAUAUUGAAAGAUGAGUCCCAUUGUAUUUUGCAGCUUUGUAGCAUUUGUUUGUGAUCUUCCUAAUAUCAGUGUGUGUGUAAGAGUGGAGUUUGUGUUUCUGUAGUCCUAAAAUUGUUUUAACAGUUGAUAUUGGCAAUGGACCAUUAGACCUCAUAUUUCCUAAAGCAUAAUCUGAUGUAUGAAAGGAAAGUCACACAUCUAUUGCUUGAUUGCUUUGAAUGUCCUGAUACUUAGCAUUUAUAUUGAUUUUACUUUGUCUGUUGUCUUCCAUGACACGAAUCAAAAGCUUUAAACUUACCUGUUCUUUUUUCUGCCUUUUGCUGUUUUUACAGCUUUGAUUGCACUGUGUCUGUUUGUAAAAUUACAAAACAUUUGGCAAGACAUUAGGAAAAUGAGCUGCAGUCGGACGUCUGGACUCUGCUGCACCUGAUUAUUCCUUUCAGUCGCUCUUCCUCUCCAUUUUUCUCAUGUAGAGAGCACUCUUCACCUUAGAGCUUUUCCUCAAGCGGUCAUGCUUUUGUAGUUUUAGGAAAGAAUUACUUUCUUCUUGACUAGAAUCUGAAGCAUCCUGUUGAUACAACUUUCCAAAGGACUGAAUGGAAUAUAUGACUCGUUUCACAGUUCUAGAAGCCAUUGAGUUUACCAUAGAAAUUGCACUUUUCGUUCUUGUCAUCAUACUUUUUCUUGCACAGCAACAGUGUUUUCUCACUUGUCAAAUAGAGAUACAAGAUGCCAGUUUCUAAAUCAUUCUACCUGAUACAUGAUUGGUUCGAUUCCUCUUUUUUUGUUUUUUUCCAUUUGGGCUUCAUGAACUCGUGCAUUAGUGUUUACUCCUAGUGUAAUUGUAGUGCCAUGUACUAGUAAUUGUGAAACGGGACAUAAGAGGCAAAGGGUCUUUUAGUAGAAACAUACUUGGCUACAACCCAGUAGCAAAUUUUAUUCAUUUUAUCUCCUUUGAAAGUCGAGGUCAGAGAGCCUUUUGUGCAUUGUUUUGUGCAAAGGAGGUAUUUUGUUGUGAGGUGGGUAUUGGAAGACUGCAUUCCUGAUCGGACAGUUUGAUAGAAAGUAAUGGAAUUAUACGUGGAAUCCCUGUUACUCGUUGCCCAAAACACACACACACACACACACACACACACACACACAUAUAUAUGUGUGUCUGUAUAAUGUUUCUGUUUGUCCUCAUGGUUUUCGCCAGCUGCCAUUAUAUGCUAAGGGCAACCUUUCUGCACACUUUACUUUUUACAUGUUUAUCACAGAGCACUUGGGUAAAUCACCCACAAAAGGUUUUAGAACAGCUUGAAUCUUUUAAAUUUUUUAAUCUGGUUUCUGUGCCCAGCUGAGGUUUGGGGCACACUACAGUGAGAGAAGUUCGCACACACUGCACUGUACUAUAGGUGUGAGUGGUCACCUUAGUAGUCCCUUAUCACAGCUUUUAUUGCUGAACAAGUAAACAGUUAUAUCAGAAGUAUUAGUUGGUAUAACACUGAAUUGGCACAAGUGUCUGUGUGUGUGUUGCGAGCGUACGGCUUCUGCUGUAUUGGUUUUGUUCAUAUAUUGCUCCUGGCUUUGUUCUCUUGACUAUAUUUACUUUGUUACUAAAUGUGUAUUUAUUUUCUAGACUGGAGAGGCAGCAAGAUGAGAUCUCCAAUAAGGUUUUUUCUGGCAGAAUAUACUAAACGUUGACAAUGAAAGUAAAAUAGGCAUAGCUAGUGUGUGUAAUGUGUUCAAAAUAUUAAAAUGCUGACUUCAUUCAGCUGUUAUGUUCUGGUUGAGGUUAAUGAUUUUGUAUCGACAUUUAACCAUUACGAAGUAAAAAUUUCAUAUCACAGUUUAAGUAUGCCGUAUGUUGCUGCUACUGUUUAGCAUUUAAAAAAGUUGUUUUGCUGUGCAGUAUCUCUGUAUUACUGGAUUUGUUAAUACAGGCAUUUGCCCUGUGGCCGUUUUGCGUUCUUGCAUUUAUUUUUUGCAGGCAAGUAAACUUCUUGUUGGAUAAGCUUAGUACUGUUCCCUACAUGCAGUUUUACAUGUUAAGGGCCUUGACUUGAGACAUUUUAUUUUGCAUUUCUAAAAAUAUGUUAGUUUUAAUAUGUUUUAAGUCCCAAGAAACCUGAGGAAGAAACUUCCAUCGUCUCUUACUGUUUACUUAAUGUUAGUGUCAGGUGUGAAAUCUAACUGGUUAAGGUUUUUUAUUAUCCAUUGUUUUGGAUGUUUUAUUGUCAAAAGUAUUAUGAAGAAAAUUUGUACAUGGCUCAACACAUUUCAUUGUGCAGAAUAUUAUUUUGGAGUUUUAUGUUUUUUCUUUAAUUCUCCGCUGCAGAUUUUAUGGAACUUCCAGUAACGUACAUAUUUUAUAGGUGCAAGUGGUUCGUUGUCCUGUAUAAAUUGAGAUGUAAAGGGUGAUAUGCUUAUACCCUUAGUCUUAUAAAAUAUUACAGUCAGAAUAGAAGGUUCACAGGUUCUGUGACUCUGAGGUUUGUAUAUGUGUCGUGCAGAAGAUUGAGUUUCUGGGUUUGAAAGGCACGGACUGAGUUCAUCUCUGUGUAAUGAUCUUGCUUUACAGAGAUGGAACUUGACUAAUACUAUAAAAGUAGAGAAGUGAUGUAGGGCAUGUCACAUCAUACACUGUGAGGUGUAUGGGGGUUGUGGGAUAUAUGACCAAACUUGAGUUGCUAAAGUAAAAUUGUUGAGAUUCUGGUUAUCCUAGAAAGAUGUUGAUAGCACAUCAGCUGGAUCAGGUAAUCAGGUUAUUGGCUCAGAUUCAGAAAGUACUUAAUUAUAAUAAAUGUGUUUGAUAACUGGGUGCACUUUGAUUUGAGUUAAUUAUAAUAAAUGUUUGAUAACUGGGUGCACUUUGAUUUGAGGGUGCACUUUGAUUUGAAUUUUGUCAUUUAUAGUCCUAGAAUGAGAUCUCGGUGGUUCCAGAUCAUUCAUUGUCAUUGUGAGUGGUCAUAUCAGUGGUUCUUUUAUAUUUUUACAAGGGUUAACAAUUGCCAGCAGUUGUCCUAACUAGACAGUUAUUAUUAAUGUCCAUACAGAAGUUUGGCAGAAGCCUUUACAUAGCUCUGUAUUUGUUGGACCACACAGGAUAUUGCACCAGAGGUCCUGCCUAUGACAGGUUGAUACAUUGUAGACAUUCCAGGGAAAUUGUAAUAGCUGGCACUCACUGAUGUGACACACUGUUGGGUUCCUGCCUUUGACUUUGGCACUCAGAGCAUCAGUCUUGGUAAUGUAGUCACUCUUAUUAUGUAUGUCCUCUGCAAGUUGUGUGGCAUAUGACCAUAUUCAGUUUUAAAGAGCUGGCAUGUAUUUCAGUUUGUAUUGGUUGGCAUGAUGACUUGGCAUUGUAUGUUUUUUUUUACGCAAGGAGUCCUACACUUUGGUGAGGUAGCGACAUAGUAGGCCUUUGGAGUGCUUUGUUUGCUGCUGUGUAGUGGUGGAUGAAACUGUACUAUGUGCAAGUUAUGUAGCAAAAUAACAUAGUGACUAGACCUUCCUGCAAUUCGGAUAGCUCUAAUGAUUCCUAAAUAACAUAGUGACUAGAACUUCUGUAAUUUGGAUAGCUCUAAUGAUUCCUAAAUAACAUAGUGACUAGACCUUCCUGCAAUUCAGAUAGUUCUAAGGAUUCCUAAAUAGCAUAGUGACUAGAACUUCUGUGAUUUGGCUAGCUCUAAGGAUUCCUAAAUAGCAUAGUGACUAGACCUUCCUGCAAUGCGGAUAGCUUUAAGGAUUCCUAAAUAGCAUAGUGACUAGAACUUCUGUGAUUCGGAUAGCUCUAAUGAUUCCUAAAUAACAUGGUGACUAGACUUUCUUGCAAUUCGGAUAGCUCUAAUGAUUCCUAAAUAACAUAGUAACUAGACCUUCCUGCAAUUCGGAUAGCUCUAAUGAUUCCUAAAUUAUAAAGUGACUAGAACUUCCUGCAAUUCGGAUUGCUCCAAUGAUUCCUAAAUAGCAUAGUGACUAGAACUUCCUGCAAUUCAGAUGGCUCUAAUGAUUCCUAAAUAGCAUAGUGACUAGAAAUGUUGUUAUUCGGAUAGUUCUAAUGAUUCCUAGAUAGCAUAGUGACUAGAACUUCUCAAUUCGUAUAGCUCUAAUGAUUUCUACUUUUAACCUUGGAAGUAAACCUCUGAAGUUCUGCUACUGCUACACUGAAUCAUUGAGAGCAAAGGCACCUGUGCAACUGCAAGGUGUUACUUUGACACAGGUAACUGUGCGUUAGCAAAGGUCAUAGUCUUCACGUGAUUCCAUUUUGUAAGGGGCUAUAGCUGCAUCUGAAUGCUCUUACCACUUUCUGUGGAGAAGCUUUAUCUUCUGUACUCAGUAGCAUUAGAUGUAGUUGAAUCGUAUUAACUUUAUCCUACUGGUUAGCUUCAGUUUAUUCUCUAAUACAUUCUUUCGUUUUACAAAGAUGUACAUUUUAUGUACCAGAGAAGCAGGCUGUAAAAUUGUGGCAAAACUCUCUAAGCAUUUUUUUUUGUUUUUUUUUUUUUACUGGAUUGCAAUUUGAUUUCUUUAUGCUGACUUUUACUUAAUGGUUAUUUCACAAUCAUGUUAUUUAGUUGUGUAUAUUUAUUGCUGUUGCUGAUAGCUUGCUGUUCACCAGUGGGUUUACUGUCUUUUAACUGAUAUCAGAUUGUGGAUUUGUAUGUUCAUCUUUUCCACUCUGAAUUUAUGACAAUCUGUUGGAUUUUGUACCUUUACCACUUGUACCUAAACACAGAUAUUGCAUUAAACUGACUGUAGUGUAUUGUUAUACAACUUUUAUAUGUUUAUUUUGCCUGUACUGAGUGAAAACUGAUUUCCUGAAACUUUGGUGCAGUUUGAUUUUAAAAUAAAAGAGUUCAUGGCA